CACCACCGUGUUUGUGAAUUCAACCAGAGUCGGUACAGUUUUGAACUAUAAGUGUAUUAUGCCCCCUCACUCGUCUCUUGCCUCUACAUGCUUACCUAAUGGCACAUGGACUUCUCAGUCACAUCAAUGUAUCACAGUUCCAGUGCUGGAUUGCUGGAACAUUUUACGGAAUAAGCCGAGUCUGCAAGGACACGACGGGGUUUAUCAACUUAAUAUUACAUCUAAGACAAAGCUUGCGUUCUGUGAUAUGACAACAGAAGGGGGUGGUUGGACGGCUAUACAAAGAAGACAAGACGGUUCUACAGAUUUUUACAGGACGUGGUCAGAAUAUAAACAAGGAUUUGGAGAUCCUUCUAAAAAUUACUGGAUUGGGAAUGACGCAAUCUAUGAGCUGACAAGGAACAAAGACCAGGAACUCCGGGUUGAGCUACAAAGAUUUAAUGGCGCUAAAGCAUACGCUCAGUUUUCCACAUUUUAUAUCGAGGAUGAAGGUAGUAAAUACAACCUCAGUGUGUCAGGGUAUAAUGGAACAGCGGGUAAGUCUAUUUAUAUCAUAUAUAAUAUUUGUUCAUGAAAUAAUUAUACAAGACAAAU